GUAUCUUUACUACCCAUUAUCGAACAAGGGGUUAAGGAAGCCCGAUGAUAUUGAUAUGAGCGAAAUGAGAAUACACUGACAGAAAAUCAUUGCACACAUUUCACUCACUGGAUACUGACAGGAUGAUCACACAAGACCUAAAAGAGUCUGAGACGCGUGUUGUCGGUGCUGAUCAUGAUGUGUUGGUUGGUCAGUUAAAUUGAAUGGUUAAGUUCGGAUUUCGGCCGUUGGAUUAGAGACCAAGUGGGAUGGUUCUCCUGUCAUAAAUCAAAGGAAUGGAUCAUUUUAUAAAUGAACUGAAUUUCACGUCCUCAGCAUAGGGGACUCUAUACUAACCGUAGAAAUAAUAGAUAUCUAUUAUUCCUAUGAUAUUAGUACUAACUCUCCUGACGAAGGCCCUCAGGUCAAAACGUCGAGAAGUGUUUUUGUCUAUUUUAGGCAGUUGUUAUACCACAUUUGAUGUUGCUUUACGUCUGUUUAUGUUUUUGCAAUGUCCAAAGAAGUAUCUUUCUUUUUCCAAAUGGAAAAUCCUUUUAUUUUGAACAAAAAAAAUGUGGAAGUAAGCUUUUUUGUAUCUAACGAGGGGCAAGACAUCGAGCUUCGUUUUUGUACUUGCUUUUUGAUAGUUGAGUGGUAGAUCACUCGUGGUUCUAAUUACUGUGUUCUGGUAACGUAUACUGACUGCAACUGCUAAUUAGGAACACCCAAUCACAACUUACUAUUCGAGCGCCGCGACUCUGUAAGUGUUGUGCGAAUAAAACUAUUUGUUUUGCAAAUUACACACUACUACAGCAACCAAUAAAGUACAUUUGCAGUGAUGUAAAUCUGGGUAUGUCAAUGUUAUGAACCAAUCCCCGCCUGCCAUUGGCGUACUUUCGUUUGGAAUUUCCGGUAAUUGAGACAUAUGUAUGCAGAUUUACGAUUAAGUUAACGUCGGUUUAUUUGAUCGCAAAAUGAUGCGUUUGUAAAACGAAUCCUUUGACCUGAACCGUUAAUAGUUCAAAACGUGUAAAUUUUCUUUUGGAGACUUUUAAACAGAUAAAUUGCGCUCAAAAUAUUUAUUUUCAUUCAGGUACUAAACUGUUUAACGUAGCUGCAAUAUAAACCAAUUAUAUCUGCCCUUGACGCUGAUAUAGAGUAGCGUUUGAGUAGCGUUAGUUUUCUUUAUUGUAUUAAAUUUGCAAAAUUGUAAAUAUGGCGUCGAGCGAUAGCGAUGGAUCUCCUACAAAAAGACAACUUGACGAAAACGAAGAAGGUGACGAAGAAGAGAACGAAGACGAAGCCGAAGCUCGAAAAGUUAAAAGAUCGCCUGGCAGACCCAGAGGCUCCAAAAAUAAAACCACAAAAGAGAAAUCUGAGGAUGAAGAUCCUGUGCCUAAACGAUCACGAGGAAGACCUAGGAAAUUGGAAAAGCCAGAGGAUGAACCAGGACCAAAACGACCCAGAGGGAGACCAAAGAAAUGGCCACCGGUAGAAAAACCAACUGGUCCAAAAAGACCUAGGGGACGACCAAAGAAAAAUCCAGAUCCUGUUCCUGCUAAGGAAGCAAAUGCUGAAUGAAAAAGAUCAGCAAAUAAACAUCACUGAAGUGUAAAAGAACUUCUCCACAUUUAUUAUAUUCGUUCAUUUUCUAUAUGUAACGGUUCAAAAUGAACAUCUGUUCUCUUUACAAGAAUUUUAUUAUAUAUAGAAUCAGUUAUAUAGCGUACGUUCCGUACAGUACUGUUGCCCAGUAGACGUUCCCAUGGAAAUAUAGCAUGGAAGGGCCAUUCUUGUUAUCCGUUAACUCGCUUGUGAGUAAAGUUCAUUGUUUUAUACCUUUUAUUUACGUUAUGUCGUUAAUGACAGUUCACUUCAGUAAAAAAACAACAACAGUUGCAUGAGAGUUUAGCCCCGCUUCAGUUUUCGCAUAUUUUUAAGAAAGUUAUACUUGAGGUUUGGUCAACUUCACUGAUAGCUUGGAGGAACAUAUCAGAAACAGUGAAACAAAUCUACCAACAAAGUUGUUACAAUAAUUUAUCUUGAUCACAGUGUGGUGAUAACAUGGUUACACAAAUUUUAUUUUCUCUUUCAACUAACACCACGAAUGGCCCUUCAGUUUACCACUUUACACAUUAAGCGGUUAAACUUAUAUAUAGAUUUUAAUUAUAUUAUAUAGUUAUUAGUUAUGUUUAAUUUUGUUUUUUAAUCCUUUUUGCCAUUGACAUUGUAGAUAAUGUAGAUAAAUUGCGUACUGCAUUCCUAUGUAAGGAAUUGUCAGCUAUAUGGCUGUAUCAGAGAAAAAACUACUCAUGUUUGUGUCAAACUUUAAUUAUUACGAGCUUAGCCCAGAGUAACCAAAGGGCACAAAGAAGGUAGCCCCUGCCCCCUUCUUACCACAGGUAAUAGAAUACACAUAGGCAUAGUCACAGUGACAUACUUGGGACUUUGGAGACCCUAAAUCGCCACUAGUGACUGACUGCUUUUGUAAUCUGCAAAUGUAAAUAUUAUAAUGACUG